AUGGCGAUGAUAGAUAUUAAAGAAAAUGUUAAAGAAGCUCUCAAACAACAUAUGUUACCAAUGGCAUUGAUUGUAUUUCAAUGUAUUUUUAGUGUAUUAUAUGCUGUUCAUGUUGAUUAUGGAUUAAGAAAAGACGAACCAAGAAAUAUAACAGAAGCAAUAUCGUAUAAUAGUCCACCUCCUGUUGGUGAUGUUGAAUUUUAUUAUUCAUUUUUUCAAGAUGUUCAUGUUAUGAUGUUUAUCGGUUUUGGUUUUUUAAUGGCUUUUCUUCGUCGUUAUUCAUUUUCAUCAGUUUCAUUUAAUUUUUUAAUAGCUGCUUUUGUUGUUGAAUGGGCUAUUUUAGUUCAUGGUUAUGUAUUUGAAUGGAAUACAAUUACACAAUCAUUUCCAGUUAAUGUUAAAAUUCUUCUUCAAGCAGAUUUUAUUUGUGCAUCUGUAUUAAUAUCAUUUGGUGCUGUUCUUGGAUCAAUAAAUCCAACUCAAUUAGUUGUACUUGCAUUAAUUGAAGUUGUCAUUCAAGUAUGGAAUGAAUAUAUUGGUACUGUACUUUUCUGUGUUUAUGAUGCUGGAGAAUCAAUAUUUGUUCAUGUAUUUGGUGCUUAUUUUGGUUUAGCUGUAUCAUAUGCUCUUCAACAUCGACAAACAGUUGAAUCUAAGAACGAAAGUCCAAAUUAUGCAUCAGAUAUAUUUUCAAUGAUUGGUACAUUAUUUUUAUUUUGUUUUUGGCCAUCAUUUAAUGCCGCUACAGCAUAUGGAGAUGGAAGAACACGUGCUAUUGUUAAUACAUAUAUUAGUAUAACUGCAUCAGUUAUAUUAACAUUUUCUGUAUCAGCACUUGUUGGAAAAGGUGAAGAAAAAAUAACUCAUAUACAAAAUGCAACAUUAGCUGGUGGUGUUGCUGUUGGAACUGUUGCUGAUAAAAAUAUUGGUUUAUUUGGAGCUAUAAUUAUUGGAAGUAUUGCUGGUACUAUUGCAACAUUAGGUUAUAAAUAUUUACUUGAUUUAUUAAAAAAAAUUCGUAUUAAUGAUACAUGUGGCGUUCAUUAUUUACAUGGAAUGCCUGGAGUUUUAGCUGGUUUAGCUGGAAUGGUUGUUGCUAGUAUGCCUUGGAGAUCAUUUUAUCAUGAAAAUUUAACGUAUAAAUGUUUAUCAGGAGGUGAACAUAGAACAGCUUCUGUUCAAGCUGCUUAUCAAUGUGCUGGUCUUUUAUUAACAUUAGGUAUGGCCAUUGUUGGAGGUCUUUUAACUGGAAUGCUUCUUCGUUUACCUAUUUUUUCUAUGGCAGAUAAGGAUUCUCAUUUUGAUGAUAAAGUUAUUUGGUAUGUUCCACAAGGUUUUGUUGCUGAAAAUUCAACAUUAGGUACUUUCAUUAAAAGUAUUUUAUCAAAACAAAUGCAAUCUGAAGAAAAACCUGAACAGGAUACAUCAACUAUAGAAGAAAAUAAUUCAAUUAAAAUGGAACUUAUUCAAGAAAAAGCACCUCAACGAUCAUUUCGAGCAAUGACUCUACCUUAA